AUUUGUUGUCUGUGAGAAUGAGGGUUUGAGAGCAGCAAUACUUGAGAAUCAUGUGUGACACAUCUGAAAAUCGUGUCCGUGGUGCAGACAUUUCACAACCAUCUACAGGCCGCUUUGUGCUUUCAGUCUCUAGCCAGCGAUUUCUGUGUGAAAACAAUGGUUGAAAACCCACAGGGGAACGUUUCAGUGGAUAAAUGGCAAUUAUGAAGUUGCUGUCAGCUAUAUGUUACCUAGACUCUGAUAUAAGGACUUAGCCAUUCUUAGUUAGGACACACUACUAACUAGCUCUUUCUCUAAAAGAUCACUGUCCUUUGUUGGGACCUUUGCUCUGGACCCGCUAACAACAGUUAGCUGGGUACUAGCUAAUUUACUAGCUUGAUGGACGGAGAUAGUUCCACAACCGAUACCUCUCAGUUGGGUAUAUCAGGAGAGUACAUGGCUGGUAGCUACGUGCUUCAGGCCCAGGAUGAUGAUGGUGAUGACGGGCUCAAUGACCAUGAGGAUGGAAAUGGCGGUAAAGAUCACCUACGUGAACAAGACAUCUACCUCCCCAUCGCGAAUGUGGCACGCAUUAUGAAAAAUGCAGUUCCACAGACUGGAAAAAUUGCAAAAGAUGCCAAGGAGUGUGUCCAGGAGUGUGUGAGCGAGUUCAUCAGCUUCAUCACGUCCGAGGCCAGUGAGCGCUGCCACCAGGAGAAGCGGAAGACCAUAAAUGGCGAGGACAUCCUGUUCGCCAUGUCCACCCUGGGCUUCGACAUGUACGUGGAGCCUCUCAAACUCUACCUGCAGAAAUUCCGAGAGGCGAUGAAGGGUGAGAAGGGCAUCCCCGGUGUGUCUGUGUCUGAAGGCCUUGGUGAGGAGCUUACAGAGGAAAGCUUUGCCAAUCAGCUGCCGGCAGGAAUCAUCACCACCGAUGGUCAGCAGCAGAACGUCAUGGUCUACACCACUUCCUAUCAGCAGAUCCAAGGUGUGCAGCAGAUUCAGUUCUCAUGACACCCUCCCAACCUCUCUGGAGCACUUGAGUCACAGAGGCAGUCCGAGCUCUGACUGUCUACAGUCUCUCAGAGAUGGAGGACUGCUGAUGUAAGAUGAUUAAGAUGAAGCUGAAGAUGACGAUUAUGAUGAUGAUGAUAGAAAUGUGUAAGCCCAAGAAGAAGAAGACAAGAGGGCUGCAAGCAGGGCCUUCAGUGUGUUAAUUCAUUAGAGUGUGCGGUCAGUAGUGUGUAACAUGUUCAGUAGUAAAUGUGAAGAGCUGUGAGGCUAGCUCACACCAACAUUAAAAUGUCUAACAUCACAUCACACAGGUGAUUUCAAACUUUGUGGGUCAAUGUCCAUGUUGUACAUAUAAACAUUGUUUGGGAGGGAGGGUAUUUGGACUGGAAAGUGGAAGAUAAGUGAUUUAGGCAUGACAUUUUAGAAAUUAAUUUGUUUUUUCAGACUAUUUAAAUGUCUUAUCAUAGGAAGGGAUUCUCACAUGGUGGGAUCUCAUUUUUAUGUUGAAUCAUGCUCUCCUUUCUUCUUUUGUAACUUGAGUAAAUUAAAUAUCCAGGUAAACUGUUUGAAUAAAAAUAAAAAUGAAACAA